AUGGCUGCCUCGUUGGCGUGGCUCCCCGCGCCGCACUGCUCGUUUGUCCGCCGAUCUGUGCCGCCCUCCACCCGCUCCGCGUCCGUCCUCCGAUCGCCCCAUGCGCCGCACGAACCGCGCUUGUCGCUCCACUUCCAAUCUGCUCCUCCCGCACGAAAAAAAUUCAGCCGACCCCCGCCGGCCUCGCGGUUUGCCGUACGCGCCAUAGGCGGCGCGGGCGGGCCGGAGACGUUUCUGUCGCUGGAGGAGGCCGGGCUGGUGGAGCUGGCGGGGCUCGACGCGCACGAGCGAUUCCUGGCGCGCCUCACGAUCUCGUCGCUGAACCUGCUGCGUGUGAUAUCAGAGCAGGAGGGCAUGCCGAUAGAGGAGCUGAAUGCGGGGCGAGUGUGCGAUUGGUUCAUCAAGGACAAGGCAAAGCGAGAGGAGGACAUCAAUUCGGCUGUCCUCAAGCGGCCCAAAGCCCCUGACUGGUAG